UUUAGUAAAAUUAGGUUUAUUUUAAAAUAUAGUUUUAAAAUAUCAAAUUUAUAUAUAUAUUUUAUUAUUUUAAAUCAUAAUCAAAGAGAGUAACUGACCAAGAAAGUCAAAUCGUCACCAUCUUUAGAAAGGUCGGUGCUCAAUUUACACACAUUACAUAAAAUUAGUUUUUUUUUUCAAAACCAUCUAAAUUAGGAUUAUUGUUUUGAAAAAUUAAAGAUGACAAGGACCCUAUAAUCCUAUAGACGGAGUCCAAUGGGGUAAUCACACCGGCCCACUUUGAAUACCGCCGCCGCGACAGAGAUGGAGGAAGAGGAAGGCGGAGGGCCGAGACUGAGCAAGAGAUUCGCCGACAAGGGCGGUGAAGUGGACUACAAGACCAAGGCUGGCACCGCCUGGUCCCACAAUUUCCUUAACCAGAAGCCUUGGCACCCCCUCUCUUACCCUAAUCAACGCCGGAAGUGGAUCGCCGAGCAGACCCACGCCCAGAAGCAACGCCGCUCCGACGAAAUCGCCCGCGAGUAUGCUCAAGAACAGGAGUUUUUCCGCCAGACUGCUCUUGCCUCCAAGAAGGAGAAAGAAAAGUUGGAGAUGAUGAAAGCAGUUAGCUUUAUGUAUGUGAGACCACCCGGUUACAAUCCUGAAAGUGCUAAGGCUGCUGAGGUUGAAGACGAGAGGAAAAAGCAAGAGCAUGUUGGAACUUCUCAAAGUGUUAUGGCUGAGGGUGACUCAGAGACUAAGAAGGUUGAACCUGUUGAAGAGAAAAAGAAACCAAGGCCAAAGGAUGUGUUUGGACGGCUCUUACCAACAGAAGAACAAUUUGAAGUCCUAAAAAAUGCUCCAAGAUUGGACACAGGUGCUCCUGGAAGGGCCAAACCUUUUGCAGUUGAGAUACGCAAUGUCAAAUGUGUAAGAUGUGGAACAUUUGGUCAUCAAAGUGGUGAUCGUGAAUGCCCAUUGAAGGACACUAUCAUGCCGAAUGAGGAGAGUCGGUUGAAAAGGGAUGACCCUUUAACUGCCAUAUUAGCCCAGACAGAGUCAGCCGAGCCUCUAAAGUGGGAACUAAAACAAAAACCCGGAUUGAGCCCUCCACGAGGUGGGUUUACACCUGAUGAUCCCAACCAGCAGAUAGUUGCUGAGGAUAUAUUUGACGAGUAUGGAGGAUUCCUAGCUGAGGGCGACAAUAUUCCUGACCUGCUGCUAUCCAACUUUUCAAGAAGUAUGACAACCAAAAAGAAGAAGAAAUCAAGUAAGAGCAGGCAUAGGAGGAGAUCGCCCGAUUCAUCUGAUAAUGAAGAAACAGGCUCAUCAUCAUCAUCAUCUUCUUCUGAUCAUAGAGGAAGAAGAAGAUCAAAGAAGAGACACAGGGCAAAGAAGCGUCGUGAGCCAGAUGACGAAUCCUUUGGCAAGUCUGACCGGCAUCAUCAAAAGAGAAGCAGUAGUGGUAUCAAAUCGAGGCACUGCCGCCACUCUGAUACAUCCGGAAAAUAUAAGAGUGACGAUUUCCACCACCACCGCCACCACCACCACAACCACCACAGACGCCACCGUUCGCGUUCUUUAUCUGAAUAACACUGCUUUUGUCCCAGUGGAGUUUUCCCUCGGUUGGCAUUCACAACCAGAACACUUUUUUUUAAUUUUAUUUUAAUUAAAUCAACACUUGCCUUUGUAAUGAAAAUGUACUACUAGAAGUAAAAAAAAAGUUUUCGGAAAAGCUUUUUGGCUCAUCCAAGUUGGAAAACUCCGGCAGGGCAGAUGAAAUUUGUGCAUAUGUAAACUUUUUCUUUGUUUGGCAUAAUCUUUAACAUUUUGAAUGUAUUAUCCACCUAUUUAGCGUUAAUAAUGUUUUGAAAAAGUU